CUGCCAUUUGUACUUCUUCUUGUUCCUUCUCUUCCCCAGUUCUCUGUGUGUGAGAGAGAAAGAGAGAGAAACUGCGACGGUCGGUGAAAGAUGUCUUGUUUGGCAGCUUGCUGUGCGUCCCUCACUUGCGGUCUCUGCACCUCAGUGGCUUCCACCAUCUCAAAGCGUUCAGCUCGAAUCGCUUAUUGCGGCCUCUUCGGUAUCUCCUUGAUUGUCUCAUGGGUUCUUAGGGAAUUCGCGGCCCCCCUCUUGGAGAAAAUUCCAUGGAUAGGAGCUUCAGAAACUCACACGAAAGAAUGGUAUCAGAUAGAAGCUGUUCUUCGUGUCAGUUUGGGAAACUUCUUGUUUUUUGCAAUACUAGCCCUCGUAAUGAUUGGAGUGAAGGAUCAAAAUGACCAACGUGAUUCAUGGCAUCAUGGUGGAUGGGCUGCUAAAGCUGCAAUUUGGCUCUUGUUCAUUGUCCUUAUGUUUUUCAUGCCAGAUGCGGUUGUAACAAUUUAUGGAGUCUUAUCAAAAUUUGGUGCUGGUCUGUUUCUGUUUGUGCAAGUCAUCAUAUUAUUAGAUGCCACACACUCAUGGAAUGAUUCAUGGGUUGCUAAAGAUGAACACAAGUGGUAUGUUGCUUUACUUGUGAUCUCAGUUACAUGCUAUAUUGCAGCAUUUACAAUUUCAGGACUUCUAUUUAUCUGGUUUAACCCUUCUGGUCAUGAUUGUGGUCUCAAUGUCUUCUUUAUAGUCAUGACCAUGGUUCUUGCCUUCUCCUUUGGUAUAAUAGCAUUACAUCCUCAGGUGAAUGGGAGUCUCCUACCAGCAUCUGUGGUCUCUGUUUAUUGCGCCUAUAUCUGCUAUACAGCUGUCUCGUGUGAGCCUCGAAACUAUGAGUGCAAUACUCUCCACAACAGCACUGCAGCAUCGACUAGUACCCUUGCUCUAGGGAUGCUCACUACAGUUCUCUCGGUUCUUUAUUCUGCUCUUCGUGCUGGAUCCUCCACAACAUUUCUAUCUCCACCAUCCUCACCAAAGUCAGGCGGAAAGAAGCCUCUCCUUAAUGAUAAGGAUAUGGAAGAAGGGAAAGACGAGAAAGAAAAGGAGGCAAAACCAGUGAGUUACUCAUAUACAUUCUUCCAUCUCAUUUUCGCUCUGGCUAGCAUGUACUCUGCCAUGCUUCUUUCGGGUUGGACCAACUCUUCGGAGAGCUCAGACUAUAUUGAUGUUGGGUGGACUUCGGUUUGGGUCAGGAUCUGCACUCAGUGGGUCACUGCUGGUCUUUAUGUCUGGACUCUUGUUGCACCUUUGAUCUUGACUGAUCGUGAGUUUUUUUAAGCAAUUCCUCUUGUUAUCAUCGGCUUGUACUCAGUGUUAAGAACAUAAAUCACAAGGUAUGUGUAAAUAAUGAUUGUAUUGGCUGUCUAACAUGAGGGUGGUUGUAUUGGUAUUGUAGUACUUAUUGUUAAAUUGGUGAUCAAACCAACCUUGAACAUACAAAUUUCUUACACUUUACCACUCAGCUAAACGAGCCUUCUGUAUCAUUAUGUUGUAUGUAGUAAUAUUCUGUAAAUUUGCAU